UUCGCAAACAUCCACGUACAGAAUGUGCCGAUUCCAACGAAAUAGAAUAUACGUGGCCUCAGUUAGCGCAGCAAUCAUGUCGCAAGUGGCAGUUCCGCGUGUGUUUCUCUAUUUAUUAGCCGCUUUCCUUGCCACUUUUUCCAAAGCAAGUUCAUACGUGCCGCCGGAUGAUUGUUUGAAAUUCGAUGUCGGUGAUAUUGAGGAUUACUUGUCGAAUCUCAAUUUCGAGAAUGUGCCGACGAUCAAUAUGAUGAUCGGCGGGUUCAAAUGCCCGGUCACAGCUUUGCCCUUCGGUGCUUUGAAAUCAGACUGGGCAAGGCUGUUGCUUCUGCAAAGAGCGCAACCGAAGGAAUCAAUUCUCUUAAAGAAACUGGAUCGUCUUAUCAGAAUUUUAGUGAUCGCUUAUUUCCGAAUGGAAGAACGUUUCGAUGUUAUGCAAUCUGGAUUUUGGAAUAUAAGCAGUCCAUCCGCGACGUCUGUACACGAAAGCACCACGAGCACUAAUUCGAAGGAGGAAACGAAGAAACUCGAUAACUCGAUCGCUAAUUCAAGAAAAAUAAAUAAAACCUCGGCGAAUUUUGCUAUGAGUACUUUUCUUAACAACGACGAAUCCAGUAGCACGAUUGAAAUUGAACGAAUCGCACUUACUAGUUCGGAUGUGACGAGCGAAGGCAAAACCGGCGAUUUUCAUACAAUGCAUAAUAUUCCUUUAAAGCAUCGCUCGAUAAGCGAGCAAAUCGACGAAAAAAGGACGGUAACCGCUUUCGUAAAUAUUAAAAAUUUUUCAGAAAGAACCACUGACAAACGGAAAUACACAGAGAUAUCGACUUUGAGCGCGAAUGAAUCCGUUACGAUUAACACCGCGAAUAAUUUUACUAGGAAUAAAAAUGGCACGAAUAUUUUUACGAGAGACGAUUCUGACGCUGAUAAAAAUAUUAAUUUCUCAACAACAGAAUUUAGCAACGAAACUAAACCAAUUAUAACUGGCUCGAACGCUGUUACUGCUCGUAUUUCGGAAACGAUGACUUCUUCUAGUUAUCAAAAAUUAAUAGCGACGAGUGUUGAGAAAGAAGGAACGGCGGAAUUAAUUGCCCCUACUAUAUUUAGCGUCACGCAGACUAAUGGUGUGAAAAAGCAUGGUACUCAGAACGAUUAUAAAAUCACCGUUUAUUCAGAUAAAAUUUCUACUAACCCGACCGAAAGAUUUAAUCAAAGUCGUCCGAAUAAUCGGACUGGCGGUGUAUCCCAAGUCUUUGAGAAGGUUCCAUGGAAUUCCACGAAUUCUACUGUUUCCUCUAAUAAGAUCAAGGAACCUUCGAUCUACAAAAAUACUCCGUUUGGCAAUAAGUUUUGGAAAUACAUGACAAUUUCACCAAAAAUUUCUUCCACUACGGUUACUGCAGAUCCGACGUUAAUGUCGCAGGCAAAAGGGACGGAAAGAUAUAAAGGAAAUUUGAUAAAAUCUAAAAAACGCGGAAGCUCGAACACCGAUAUUGAAAAAAUGUUUAGGUGGUUUUAUACUUUCGGUCAUUCCAGUAAAAACGAUUCGGUUGAUCGAGGCGUCUACAUCGCAUGCGAAGGAAAGAGUCACAACGGCAAAGAGUAACCUCGCCAAACGAUAUUUUUCAUCUGCGAGAUGGUAUAAGAAAUGCACGUUGCGACAACUGGACACUUGCCGAUUCUUAUCAGCGAUAUUGCGGGCCAGUCCAUAAAUUCAUGAGGCGGGGCAACGCUGACUGAUAUUUACGAGGUCCGCAGCUGGUAACGUUCGUCAUGCUUUACGAGCUGUCGUAAACGAAUCCUCUUAUUAUUCAGUUCUCUGUCCAUAGGAUUUUUCGGAUUGUCUGCAAGCAGUUGGAUUGUCCGCUUGAUUGGUUCGAUGCAAUUUACGCAGGCAACGAUAGCUUGAACGACAUCGUGUUUCGGAUGUGAUUACGAUCCAGUUGAAAUUACACGCGAAAUCGUGGGAAAAAAGAUACGGGAUCAGUGUUGCGCUGUUCAAAAUGUUCUCGUUAUCCGCAGGAAAGGGAAUGAAAACGGUUGCGAUGAGUACAUAAUUGGCUUUACGCAAACUAUCGUGACUCGAUGGUUUAAUAACGGUUUUUCGAGAUAGCACACCCGAUCAGUUUAAUUUGCAACGAUAGCAUAUCAGCGGGUUGCGGUUAAUAACCAGUCGAAGGUACGCGAACAAAUAGGUGUGUUCAAUCAGCACGUCGUGUCGUUCCGAAUUAUUCCGCGAUAUUUUUGUUAAAAUAUCCGUUCGUUCGUUUCGUUUGUCGAUUUACGGUCCGCGAUAGUGUGUGUACACGUUUUGUGCAAAUGCGCACGUGUAUUCAAAACAUAUGGAGAAUCAUCGAGUCGAAUAACUUUAUCGCUUAUAUUAAUUACAUUAUACAAGCUAAAUUUUCAGUAAAUAUGCUUAAAAUUUAGAUUUACAGGGUGGUUAUCAAUUUGUAAAUCCGAAUUAUCUCCUCGGUAGAGAAUAUACGCGAUUUAUGACUCUUUAUUUCCUCGCAAGGGUAUCCUAUCUAUUUUAAAUAUUCCAGAUGUUAAUUCUUCUCUCUUUUCUAUUUUCUGAUAUAUUUCUAAUAUAAAUUCGUAGCGUGGUACGAUAUGUUCGCGUCGUGUUCGCUUUGCAAGCCUUGCUAAAUUAAAUAUGUGCCGGUAUUGUACAGAUUAAUCGUUAAUAGAGUAAUCGGUAACUUAGCCUUCUAUCUUUUAUUCAUUCUGUUGCCGUUGACUUGUUCGUGAUCGAGCUAGCGUUUUAAUUCGAGAACAUUAUUAUCGUUGGUAGGUUCGUCUGGUGCAUCUUCUUUACAAGAAUUAGCAUCAGAGCGAGCUAUAUUUAUUAGAGUCAAUAAUUUAGCCCGUUGUGAAACGGAUUAGAGCGGUAUAUCGUUCCUUCUAAGGAAACAAAUUACCUUGCCUUGGCGAGAUGCUAGUUGAACAGAGCAUUCCUGGUUUCCCUUUGCACCUGCUUUUCCCUAUUUCUCACGUCCACGCCGACAAACAGUCGCGCUUUGACGCGACUCGUUGGUAAUUGCGUUAACAGUUGCAACCAAACCGCUUGGAAAUUCAAGGUUUCUCGUUGAAUGCAAAAUAUUGUUUGACAGCAUUAGACUGAUCGACACGCUUCAUAAAUUGCGACGUUUGUUUCGUUUUUCUCGAGAACCGGGCCAAUUAAGCUGAGAAAUCGUUCACGGAAGAGGCGUGUCGUGGGUGGGGAAUUGAUAAAUAAAGGUGAUCAAUCGUGAGCAAAUGUUCAACUCUGGCGAAACAAAUUUGCUCAUUACUUAUCAUUUCUUCGCGAUUACUCGCCGGUCGGAUUAGCCGUACAUUGUUCUUCGGGAGGGAAACAAAUUAGUCGCUUCACAGGAACGCGACUUCGAGAGGUUCUCUGGCCGGGUUCGUUCCUACGGUCUUCGUGUCUAGAAUACGGUAAUGCCGGUGUACGUUCGCUUGUUCAAACUGUUCGUCAGGGUUACUUUAGCUUCUUGAGCAGCAUCGAGAGUAGCAACGAUGAACUAGCGGCCAGAGCAACGUUGAGGCUAGUAUCUACCACCGACAGAAAGUUCACGGAAAUCAUUUAACCGAGGAAGAGUAGCGCGAUCACAGGAAAAGAGGAGGAGUGCAGAGCAUCGGUGUAUGAUGGUGGUGGUGCCGCUGGAGGCUGAGGCGAGGGUGAAGAAACGCUCGGUAAUUAUUUUACCGACGGAAGCGAAGGGAUGAGAGAAUGCAACUUGCACCCUUCCUCUUUUCACUCCACCUCCGUUUCUAGCGGCUUGAUGUUAAUUCAUACUAAUUGGUUGCAUUACUCUCGUUUCAUUCACCCGCCGUGGUUGUUUCCUUUCCUUUCGAUGGGAGCAGCCCAUCCUUGUUUUUGUUGCUCGACGUCCUGCCAUGCUUUUUAUUAAUUAGUCGCCAAUUAAUUUCAAACAUUUCCUAUAAUUUAACCGUAAUUCUUGCAUUCUCGUGAAUACUUUCGAUUGUUUAGUUUCUCGUUGUCAACUUCCGAUAACGUCCCGAACGAGGAAACUCGAUUUACUAAACAUCAGCGGUACCUCAAUUGCGAAGAAUUUGUCUCGUCGUGAAACGUCUGAUAUUUGAAUAAAAGUUUAUCUAAUUUUCAUUAGUUAAACGAAUUAAAGAAGCGAUAAUACAGUCUUUGUGAUACACAUAACAAUAACGUGUAACUCGUUCGGCCGUUGCAGAUACAGCGGAAAAGCUUGAAUUAUAGAGAAAUAAAAUAACGGCUUAACCCACACCGAAACAGGAGAAGAAGGAAGGAGCGUUAUAAAUAGGCGGGUGGCUCUUUGUUCUCGGCAACAUGUUCCGCAACGAUAAAAAUUUCCCGCGAAACCAAAAGAUCUCAUGGACCACGUGUAGCUAUUUUUAUGUCACUUGGCCAAUUUGUGGGUCGCACGCGUUUCUUAGAUAUCUUUGGUUAUCCAUGUUUCAAAAAAUAUGGAAUGCCGUCUUAAGAGGAAGUUGGCUGAAAAAUUCCAAGAAAUUGAUGGACCAGUCGUAAUCUGCAGCAGGAGGCGGCUCGCGAAAGUAGGAAUCUAUAGGUGGCGAAGGAAGAGCGAAGAUGCGUGAGAAAGCGUCGGAUUGUUGGACACCCCUUGCGAGGGUGUAAUCAUCUUUGCUCAGUCUCGUCCGUGAAAAUCCAUUCUCGUCACGUCGAGACAAACGGGCUCAGUUGACUCUCCAUCUAAAUCUCCUUCUUCCUUUCGUUCUCCGGAUCUCCUUCUUCCUUUACUCGCACGGAUAAGAAAUGAAAUUAAAAUUCUCCAGGAGACUGAAACGUCACGUUCCUCGUCGUCCGUCUCAUCUCAUUCCUCGUUUCGUGGAAGGGAGCACCGCGUCCGUUCGCCUCCAGGUAUCCGGAAGAUAAAGGAAACGAGAGAUCGAGUCUGCUUCGUGGGAUCUCGCAGAUCGUUCGAUUCGGACGAGCUGGGGGCUGCCGAUGGAU